UUUAAUGUUCUAUUAGUUAAAAGUGGGUUUAGAUUGAAUCAAAGUAACUGGUUGUUUUUUUAUUAAUCACAGAUCGCCACCAUGGGCCGCCGACCUGCUCGCUGCUACCGCUACUGCAAGAACAAGCCUUACCCCAAGUCUCGCUUCUGCAGAGGAGUUCCUGAUCCUAAGAUCAGGAUUUUUGACCUGGGAAGGAAGAAGGCCAAAGUGGAUGAGUUCCCUCUGUGUGCCCACAUGGUCUCUGAUGAGUACGAGCAGCUCUCCUCUGAAGCUCUGGAGGCCGCCCGGAUCUGUGCUAACAAGUACAUGGUGAAAACCUGCGGUAAGGAUGGCUUCCACAUCCGCAUGCGGCUGCAUCCCUUCCACGUCAUCCGUAUCAACAAGAUGUUGUCCUGCGCUGGAGCUGAUAGGCUCCAGACGGGAAUGCGUGGCGCCUUCGGUAAACCCCAGGGUACCGUAGCCAGAGUCCACAUCGGCCAGGUGAUCAUGUCUGUGCGUACCAAGGCUCAGAACAAGGAGCAUGUGGUGGAGGCUCUGCGCAGAGCCAAGUUCAAGUUCCCCGGACGCCAGAAGAUCCACAUUUCCAAGAAGUACGGCUUCACGAAGUUCAAUGCCUGUGACUUCGAUGACAUGAUGGCGGAGAAGCGUCUGAUCCCUGAUGGCUGUGGGGUGAAAUACAUCCCCAGCAGAGGCCCCCUGUCCCGCUGGAAGGCUCUGCACGCCAACUAACCUGUGCGCGCUCUGUGACCGACAAUAAACUGAUUUGGUUCAGAAAAAGA